UCCGGCGGGGGAGACGUCACUUCCGGACGGCGGCAGCAGGAGGAGGAUGGUGCUGCUGCACGUGCUGUUCGAGCACGCGGCCGGGUACGCGCUGUUCGCCGUGCGGGAGGUGGAGGAGAUCGGGAUGCUGCUGCCGCAGGUGGAGGAGAGCGCGCAGAGCGUGGGCCGGUUCCAGAACGUUCUGAAGCUUGUGGCCUUCUCCCCGUUCAAGUCCGCUCAGAGCGCGCUUGAGAACAUGAACGCGGUGUCCGAGGGUCUCCUGCACGAGGACCUUCGCCUGCUCCUGGAGACCUCAAUGCCAGCCAAGAAGAAGAAGGCCCUGCUGGGGGUGGCGGAUGCCAAACUGGGAGCCGCCAUCCUGGAGGAGCUGGGAUACCAGUGCCAAACCGGUGGCGUCGUGGCCGAGCUGCUGCGGGGGAUCCGGCUACACUUCCACGUGCUGGUGAAGGGACUCACGGCACAAUCGGCCUCCAAGGCACAGCUGGGGCUGGGGCACAGCUACUCCCGCGCCAAGGUGAAGUUCAACGUGAACCGCGUGGACAACAUGAUCAUCCAGUCAGUCAGUCUGCUGGACCAGCUGGACAAGGACAUCAACACCUUCUCCAUGCGCGUGCGUGAGUGGUACGGGUACCACUUCCCGGAGCUCAUCAAGAUCAUCCCUGAGAACUCCAUGUACUGUCGGGUGGCCAAGUUCAUUGGGAACCGUCGGGAGCUGAGCGAGGAGAGCCUGGAGGGGCUGGAGGAGAUCGUCAUGGACGGUGCCAAGGCUCAGGCCAUCCUGGAUGCCUCCCGCUCCUCCAUGGGUAUGGACAUCUCCCCCCUGGAUCUCAUCAACAUCGAGAGCUUCUCUAGCCGCAUCAUCUCCCUGUCCGAGUACCGGCGGGGGCUGCAGGAGUACCUGCGCUCCAAGAUGAGCCAAGUGGCUCCCAGCCUGUCUGCUCUCAUUGGGGAGGUGGUGGGUGCACGUCUCAUCUCGCACGCCGGCAGCCUCACCAACCUGGCCAAGUACCCAGCAUCCACCGUGCAGAUCCUGGGCGCCGAGAAGGCGCUGUUCAGGGCGCUGAAGACCCGCGGCAACACCCCCAAGUACGGCCUCAUCUUCCACUCGACCUUCAUCGGGCGCGCGGCCGCCAAGAACAAGGGCCGCAUCUCGCGGUACUUGGCCAACAAGUGCACCCUGGCCUCGCGCAUUGACUGUUUCUCAGAGGUCCCCACUAGUGUGUUCGGGGACAAGCUCCGGGAGCAGGUGGAGGAGCGAUUGGCCUUCUAUGAGACGGGGGAGCCACCGCGGAAGAACCUGGAUGUGAUGAAGGAGGCUGUGGUGGAGGCGGGUGAGGUGGUGGCCGAGGUGAAGAGGAAGCAGGAGAAGAAGGAGAAGAAGAAGAAGAAACGGGAGAAGCGGCGACUGGAGGCUCUGGCGGCUGCAGCACAGGAGGAGAUGGAGGAGGACGUGGGGCCGGAGCCCAAGAAGAAGAGGAAGAAGAAGCAUCAGGAGCAGGAGGAGGUGGAACCGGAGCCAGAGCAGAACGGGCUGCAGGAGGAGGAGGAGGAGGAGGAGGCUGAGGCCGUGCCCAAGAAGAAGAGGAAAGCAGUGGCCGAGGUUGAGCCUGAGGAGGAGGAGAAGAGGAAGAGGAAGAAGAAGAAGAAGGGGACACGGGAGGAGGACUGAGGGCAGUGGGGCCGUGCUUGGACUCUGGGACUGGCUGGAGGUUGGUGUGGGGCAGCCGGUGCUGCCGUUACCGCGUCCUGGCCCCACACGUGGCAUGGACCCAUCCUGGCGCCA